AUGUCAGAGAAAAAUCCACAGGAACCUGAAAUGAUUGAGAAAGAUGAAUCCAUGACAGUGGUCGACAUCUCCGAAAAAUUGGAAACUUAUACCAAUGAAACAACAAUCAAUGAUUCAAUAAACAAUAAUGAUGGCGGGCCAGUGGUGCAAAUGUCGAAAACCAAAUUUGUCCUAGUGUUUGUCGGUCUCACUUUUGGUCUUUUCCUAGCGGCUUUAGAUAUGACCAUCGUGGCCACAGCCUUGCCCGCAAUUGUUGCUGAAUUCAACGCAUUGGAUGAUAUUUCUUGGGUGGGAACGGCGUAUUUGCUAACUGGGACCGCUGUUCAACCGACUUACGGAAAAAUAUCCGACAUUUUCGGACGAAAAUCCACAUUUCUGGGGGCAAUUAUUACAUUCGAGCUGGGAUCUUUAUUAUGUGGUUUAUCAACAAAUAUGACUAUGCUAAUUAUUUCUCGUGCGAUUGCCGGCAUAGGAGGUGGUGGAAUUUUCAGCCUCGUAUACAUUAUAAUAACAGAAAUCGUACCAAUUCAAGACCGUGGAAAAUAUCAGGGAAUAGUUGGUGGAUGUUUUGGCUUUGCGUCCGUUGUCGGUCCGCUUCUCGGAGGUAUAUUCACGGAUCACGUCACUUGGAGGUGGACAUUUUAUAUAAACCUACCGCUGGGUGCUAUAACUGUUAUUUGUGUGACACUUGUCCUUCAUCUACCGCACCCUAAGGGAUCUUUUCGACAGAAAAUCAAACGCAUAGACUGGUUAGGUACUGUUGUCGUCGUGGUAGCGACGGUGAGCGUAUUGUUACCAUUAAGCUGGGGUGGAAAUAAAUACGGCUGGACUUCGCCCAUCGUGAUUGUAUUAUUUUGUGUGGGUGGUCUAGGAUUUGUCAUAUUUGCGUAUAUCGAAGGGUGGUUAGCCAACGAACCUAUCGCUCCAGGACAUUUGUUUUUGAACAGAACGGUGGCUUUUGCUUAUGCCGUAACACUCUGGCACGGCAUGUUAUUCUUCUCUCUGACCUAUUUCGUGCCGCUAUAUUAUCAAGUCGUAAAGGGGCAUACCGCAACUCAAUCUGGCUUUGAUCUUCUCCCAUUUAUUUUUGGUGUAUCUACUUUGUCCAUUUCAACUGGCCAAUUACUCUCUCGCACCGACUUUUUCUCUUACAAUGUCAUAUGUCUGGUUGGUUCUGUACUGAUGACCAUUGGUGGAGGACUUUUAAGCACCCUGACAGAAACUUCGAACCGGGGAGAACAAAUUGGAUAUUUGUUGAUCGCUGGUAUGGGCGUAGGUUCUAUUAUGCAGACCAUAUUACUAGCGGUGCAGAAUAGUGUGGAAAGAAAGGAUGUGGCAUCUGCUACUUCUCUACUGACUUUCUUCAGAACUAUGGGUGCAGUGUUCGGUGUGGCAAUUCUAGGCGCAAUACUCAAUAACGAACUCAAUAAAAAUCUAGUUUCCCUUAUCCCACCAGGAAUCAGUCCGGAAGUCGUAAUUCACAGUGGUUCAUUAUUAAAUGCGCUACCCGACUCGCAGAAGAAACUGAUUGUCCAUAAGUUUGUGCAGUCAUUAAAUGAGACUUUUAGGAGUGUCAUACCUAUGGGUGUAUUAUGUUUCGUCUGUGUGCUGGGUGUGAAAUGGUUGAAACCAAAAAUAAAUAAAAGCGAAGAAACAUUGGAUCUUCAAGAAGAGUCAAAAGACGUGGAGAAAGA